UGUGGUAAAACCUUUUCUUGGACUGGUAGCCUAGUAAUCCACCGACGUGUUCACACCGGAGAGAAACCGUACCGUUGUGAUCAAUGUGGAAAAACCUUUACUAAUAAUAGUCACCUUAAAUCUCACCAACGUGUUCACACUGGAGAGAAGCCGUACAGCUGUGAUCUAUGUGGUGAAGCCUUUACUCAUAGUUAUGACUUUAAAAAACACCAGCUCGUUCACACUGGAGAGAAGCCGUACAGGUGUGAUCUAUGUGGUAAAACAUUUAUUUUGAGCGGUAACCUUAAAUCUCACCAGCGUGUUCACACUGGAGAGAAGCCAUUCUCGUGUGAACAAUGUGGGAAAACGUUUUCCGGGAGAAGUAGCCUUAAAUCUCACCAGCGUGUUCACACUGGAGAGAAGCCGUUCUCGUGUGAACAAUGUGGGAAAACGUUUUCUCUGAGUGGUCACCUUAAAUAUCACCGACGUGUUCACACUGGAGAGAAGCCGUUCUCGUGUGAACAAUGUGGGAAAACGUUUUCUCUGAGUGGUCACCUUAAAUAUCAUCGACGUGUUCACACUGGAGAGAAGCUGUUCUCGUGUGAACACUGUGGGAAAAUGUUUUCUCAGAGUGGUAACCUUAACUAUCACCUGCGCAUUCACACUGGAGAGAAGCCGAAAUAGUCUGAACAAGUACAAUAGCUUUAAACAGAGAUGGCAAAAGUACUCAGUUCCCGUACUCAAGUAGAUGUACAGAUAAUUGUGUUAACAAAUACUCUGGUAAAAGUAGAAGUGCUGAUUUAACUUCUUUACUCAAGUAAAAGUAACAAAGUAGAGGUUUUGAAAUUUACUUAAAGUAUAAAAGUAAAAGUAACCUUAGAAUGACAAAGACACCUGGACCAGACACGC